GUAUGUGGUGGUGAUGGUGAUGUUCUAUGUCUGAUUUCUGAAUCAAAGGAGAGGGAUCAGCAUAGAGCAAUGGGGGAUUGUGAAGGCAGGCUGCAUGGCCCCAUGCAAGGUGACUGGGCUUGGCAUUGCCAACUCCUCACCUAGAAGAGCUCUUCCUUUCAUGUUGAGGGGAAGUUCUGCAAGUGUUCUCUCACUGCAGCACUGGAAUGGGAAAUGCUACCUCUGGGAUCCAUUUCCCUGUGCCUCAGUUGUUAAAAGAGUCCGGAGCCAGCCUCCUCCAUUUCAGUAUGGCACUGACAAUCUGGGUUGGCCUUCCAGCCCUAAGAUUUGCCAAAACAAGACAUCUGCGUAGAGAAGAGUACCAUUGCCAUGUAGCUGCACAGUGAGCCUUGGAAUCAAGUGCAAGGACACCAGUUCAUGCCUGCUUCAGAACCUUGAUCUUGAGAUCUUGAAUGAUCUGGGCUGGCUCCAGGUUUCAGGAGGUCUUUGAUAAGACUGUCCUCUUGGAGUCUCUUGCUACCAGAGUGGGCUCUACGAAAGUCAUUCUGCUGCCACCGCACAAAAUCUAUGGGCACAGAGAUGGUCUGUGGGCUGAGCAGUCGGCCCUCAGCAGCUGCCCAGGGAUCUGACACCCUGAACUUGCAGCAACACUAUACAAAAGCAUUGGCUUGGUGCUGCCAAGCAAUCAGGGCACAGGCUUCAUGCUAAAGCAGCAGCUCUUCCACAGAAUAGCCAUGUCCCGUCUCCUGACUGGCAUAUUUCUACUUGUAAGGGAAGUGCCAGCCAGGCCGACAGAGAAGGCAGAUCCUGCAGCACAGGGAGACGUGAGAGCUCUUUUCCAGUUGGGUAAGCAGAACGUAUGGGAGGAAAACGUCAACCUGACCAGCCUGUCCUGUGCAGAGCGGAGGGCCCAGGCAUGGACCACCCUGAGCCUGCGCAACAGAAGCCUGACUUCUUUCCCUACAUGUCUGCCUCAACUUCUGGAGCACCUGGAUCUGGGCAACAACCUCUUACCAGCAUUGAAUAGCCAGGAUGUGGCUUCCCUGCCCAAGUUGCAAGUCCUCUCCCUGAGGCAGAAUAAGAUCCAACUACUAGCAUGGGAGACUGUGAGCCUCAGCAGCCUCCAGUUCCUGGAUCUGAGUUUCAAUCUACUGUCGUCUGUGCCUGCAUGCAAUGCUUCCUCUUUGGAAAACCUCAAAUGGCUGUCUCUAGCUGGAAAUCCCAUUCUAGAACUCCAGUCCUGGGCGUUCUCCUGCUGUCCUCAGCUGCAGUUCCUGAAUCUGUCUUCCACGUGGCUAGGAAAGGCUGGCAAAAGGGGAAUUCGGGAAUCUGCCUUUGCAAUACACUUACUGCCUGGAGACACCAGAGAGAGAGCUGGAAAUGCUAUCCAUGUGCUUGACCUAAGCGCAACUUUUUUGGAAAGGAUUCAUCAGGACUGGAUUGACGACUUGCCCAACCUCAGAUCCCUCUAUCUUACAAAAAUGAGUAGGCUUAAAAGCCUUGAUGCUGCUGUCUUCAUGUGCAUGCCCAUGCUGAGAGAACUGGACUGCCAGGACUCCCGUGAACUAAGCCUGGUGAAAACUGAGUCAUUCAACCACACUCCUCAUCUUGUUUCUCUCAUAUUCCAGAACUGUAACUUGAGUUCCUUCAGUCCAUGGAGUCUUAGCUCAUCAAGCAAUCUUGUUAUCAACCUAUAUGGGAACCCUUUGGUCUGCCACUGUGAAACUUCCUGGCUUCUUUCCAAGCCAGAAAGAAUAACUCUACAACGGGCAUCAGAAACAGUUUGCUACACAUCCCCAGAAGACAAAACAGCCUCUUCUUCCAGAUCUAUGCUGCUGUUAAAGCUCUCUGAGGAGUGCCAAGCUCAGAGAACAACCUCCCCAACUCAUCUGUUUACUCAAGGCCAACUGUACAAUACAUCUUCCAGGGUCACGCUGCCACACCCACAUCCAUUUCCCCAGGAACUGCAUAACAGUUCUUUUGCCCCACAGAGCACACAUUUGACCUGGAGUGAUGUGACAAAGCAGGAUACAACCAAGCCAGACAUUCUUCCCUACAAAGAGGAAACAGUUUACAGACCUAGCACAGACAAUUCAUCUGCCAUAGGAGCUGUCACCACAACCACCUCAAUGAUUCUGGGGAAACUCUCAGCUGAGCAAACUUUAAUCAACACAGUUGAAAUGGAUCAAGGGAAGCAUGAGACUACAACAGCUGUCGUAGUCAAACAGCAAAAUUCUGUUGUCCAUCCAGAAGGAACACUGCAUAACUCUGCUCUACCCAGCCCUACAACUCAAGCAGUCAGAACAGAUUCUUCCCAGGUUCCCAGUGGUUUCUUUGACCUACAUAAUAUAUCACAACUAGCUGAAACCAUCCCACCACAGCAGAAUCCCACCAAGGCCCUCUCUCCUCAGGAUCCUGUAUCUAGCAACACUCCAAUAUAUUAUGUAGAUGACUAUGACUAUGGAGGAGAGCAGGAGGAAGUUGUGGCUCAGCCACUUGGACCUUGUGACUAUGAUCCAUGCAGACACCUCCAACAGCCUUGCUCUGAGCUCCAAGAGUUAUCUCCUUGCCUGUGUCCAGGGAUAUCUGAUGAAUUAACCAUCCCAGAGCCCCCAAGGCUCCGUGAAGUAUCUGAAAUUAGGGAUACAUCAGCAGAGAUCCACUGGUGUGCCCCAAAUUCAGCUGUGAGAUUCUACCAGCUUGCCUAUCUCCUUAAAGGCGGCAAGAAUUACACAGUUCCUGGAAAGAUUUAUGCCACAGCCAGGCAAUACACCCUGUACAACCUCCUGCCUGGCUCAACCUACCAGGUAUGCAUAAUUGCUUCAAACAAGGCAGGAUCAAGCCAAACCAUAGGCUGGAAUGAGCACAAUGCUCCAUGCACUAACUUCGCAACCAAGUCCAACUCCAAAUCCAUCUUUGCUGCCUUGAGUGCAACAAGUGGACUCUUUCUCAUUGCUACCAUCUUAUUGUCAGGGUGCCUAUGCAAGAAACGUAGAACAUCCCACCCUGAGCAAUUUAACACACACCUUGUAUCUUAUAAAAACCCUGCUUUUGACUAUGCCUUAAAAUAGGAGACAAGAAAGCUAGGAAACAUUGUUACCAAAUGUUUAAUCUUCUUGGUGGAAUUUCUUUUGCUUUUUAAAAAAAACAGAACUAAAAUGUUAAGGAGUAUUUACUUUAA